AUGGCCGAGGUGUCCAACUUGCGGAGGGGAGGGCUCGGCUUCAAAGGCACUCCGGGGCUGUCGUGGUGGAAGCGACUCUCGGCGGUCUGCGACGCGGCGAGGGCGCUGGUGCACCUCCACUCGAACAGCAUUCUCCACCGCGAUGUCAAGACGGCCAACAUCCUGCUCGACGGCGCGCUGCUGCCGCUGCAGCGCGUCUACCGCGGAUGA